UUAUGCCACACAGGCAGAGUGCGGCUCCUGCAAACAUGAAGACUGAAGACAAGUGAGGGGGGGGGGGAAAGGAAAAAGAAAUAAAUAAAGCAAAAGGCCGGGAGUCUCAGCUGGGAACUUUUUGGCCUCUGAAGAACAAAAGCAGCUCACCAAAGACUAAAAAGAUCAGACAGAAAGCUCGAAGCUUUGAAACAUAAGGGACCGACUGUUGGAUAUUCUGCAGCGUAAAAUUGAGCUUAUCUGAAUCUCCAAGACGAAGGAGAGAAGACAUGCCAGGCCCGGGAGGAGCAGAGCCGAAGGGAGAGGAUUUCUCCACCGCCAUCCUGAAGGAGAAACACAGACCCAACAGGCUGAUUGUGGACGAAGCGCUCAACGAGGACAGCAGCAUCGUCAGCCUGUCGCAGAAUAAGACGGAGGAGCUGCAGCUCUUCCGCGGCGACACCGUGGUGCUGAGAGGACGGAAGCGACGGCAAACCGUGUGCAUCGUCCUGACGGAUGACACCUGCGGGCACGAGAGGAUUCGGAUGAACAGGGUGACGCGCAACAACCUGCGAGUUCGCCUCGGUGAUGUCAUCAGCAUCCAUGCCUGCCCUGACAUCAAGUAUGGGAAAAAGAUCCACCUCCUCCCCAUUGACGACACUAUUGAGGGCCUGACAGGGAACCUCUUUGAAGUUUUCCUCAAGCCGUACUUUCUGGAGGCGUACCGGCCAGUACACAAAGGUGACAUUUUCUUGGUGAGGGGAAGCAUGAGAGCUGUAGAGUUCAAGGUGGUGGAGACGGACCCGAGCCCUCACUGCAUCGUUGCCCCAGACACUGUCAUCUACUGCGAAGGAGAGCCGAUAAAAAGAGAGGAUGAAGAGGAGAAUCUGAACGAUGUCGGGUAUGACGAUAUCGGAGGCUGUCGGAAGCAACUCGCUCAGAUCAAAGAGAUGGUGGAGCUUCCUCUCCGGCACCCAGGGCUCUUCAAGGCGAUCGGAGUUAAGCCCCCCAGAGGCAUCCUGCUUUAUGGCCCUGCAGGUACAGGGAAGACCCUUGUGGCCCGAGCGGUCGCCAAUGAAACCGGCGCCUUCUUCUUUCUAAUCAACGGUCCUGAGAUUAUGAGUAAGUUGGCAGGGGAGUCUGAAAGCAACCUAAGAAAGGCGUUUGAGGAAGCAGAGAGCAAUGCUCCGGCCAUCAUCUUCAUCGAUGAGCUGGACGCCAUCGCUCCCAAGAGAGAGAAGACUCACGGCGAGGUGGAGAGGCGCAUCGUGUCCCAGCUCCUGACCCUGAUGGAUGGGCUGAAGCAAAGGGCUCACGUGGUUGUGAUGGCGGCGACGAACCGGCCGAACAGCAUCGACUCCGCUCUGAGACGCUUCGGCAGGUUUGAUCGAGAGAUUGACAUUGGGAUCCCAGACUCCACCGGCAGGCUGGAGAUCCUGCAGAUCCACACCAAGAAUAUGAAGCUGGCAGACGAUGUCGACCUGGAAAAGAUCGCCACGGAAACACACGGACACGUGGGCGCCGACCUCGCCGCUCUGUGCUCAGAAGCUGCUCUGCAGGCAAUCCGCAAGAAGAUGACGCUCAUCGACCUGGAGGACGAGACUAUCGAUGCUGACCUGCUCAACUCUCUGGCCGUCACCAUGGAUGAUUUUCAGUGGGCCCUGAGUCAAAGCAACCCAUCAGCUCUGAGGGAGACCGUAGCAGAGGUCCCUCAGGUCAACUGGGAGGACAUCGGUGGUCUGGACGAGGUCAAACGAGAACUCCAAGAGCUUGUUCAGUAUCCAGUGGAGUAUCCUGACAAGUUCCUGAAGUUUGGGAUGACGCCGUCCCGUGGGGUGCUGUUCUACGGCCCGCCGGGCUGCGGAAAAACGCUCCUGGCGAAGGCCAUCGCCAACGAGUGCCAGGCGAACUUUGUGUCCAUCAAAGGGCCUGAGAUGCUCACCAUGUGGUUCGGAGAGUCGGAGGCCAAUGUCAGAGAUGUGUUUGACAAGGCCAGGCAGGCGGCCCCCUGCAUCUUGUUUUUUGACGAGUUGGACUCCAUCGCGAAGUCCCGAGGAGGCGGGGCGGGGGACGCCGGCGGAGCCGCGGACAGAGUCAUCAACCAGAUCCUCACCGAGAUGGACGGCAUGUCGGACAAGAAGAACGUCUUCAUCAUCGGCGCCACAAACAGACCUGACAUCAUAGACCCGGCCAUCCUGCGGCCGGGCCGUUUGGACCAGCUCAUCUACAUCCCGCUUCCAGACAAACCUUCUCGCACAGCAAUUCUGAAAGCCAACCUGCGCAAAUCACCCAUUGCCCGGGACGUGGACCUGGACUUCCUCUCUGGGAUCACUGAGGGUUUCUCCGGAGCCGACCUGACGGAGAUCUGCCAGCGCGCUUGUAAGCUGGCCAUCCGGGAGGCCAUCGAAGCCGAGAUCAAGGCUGAGCGUCAGAGGCAGAGCAGACCGGGAAUCCCCAUGGACGAGGACUUCGACCCAGUCCCAGAGAUCAGAAAGGACCACUUUGAAGAGGCCAUGCGCUUCGCUCGUCGCUCUGUCAGCGACAACGACAUCCGCAAAUACGAGAUGUUUGCUCAGACUCUGCAGCAGAGCCGAGGUUUCGGGAACUUCAGGUUUCCGUCUGCUACGGGAACCCGGUCUGGAGGUCAGGGGUCGGGGCCAGGUUCUGGAUCGGAGAGGCCGGGUCUGUACAGAGAGGAAGGGGAUGACGACCUCUACCAGUGAUGAUGAUGGUUUGAUACCAGAAGAGAAGCAAGAGGUCAAAUGAAAAGUGUUUGACUAAAUCUCUCUCUGUGACUGAUAGAAACUAUAAAAUUUUUACAAUGAAAUGUAAAAGCAUAAAGAUACAGUGACUGUUUUGAGUAAUGGUAAAUAAAUGUCGAUUUGUUUUUUGUUUUA